GCUUACUCACCCCCUCUGACAGCUGAUUGGCAUUUGAAAACAAAUAUUCCGGCCGAGAUGUGGAUUGCCUACGCCCUGGUGGUCCACGUACUGCUCCUGGGCUCCAUAUUCGUGAUCUACUUCCGUUCGCCGGUCAUCACCGGCCUAACUCCGCAGAAGCGUCCGCUGUCCUACGGAUUGGAGGCGCCGGCGAAUCGUUUGGUGCUGAUCGUGACCGAUGGAUUCCGAGCGGACUCCUUUUUCGAGGAGAACUGCCGCUAUGUGCCGCACCUGCGGGAUAUUUUCGUGCGCGAGGGCGUGGUGGGAGUGUCCCGCACUCGGGUGCCCACGGAAACCAGACCGGGACACAUCACCCUGAUCGCAGGGCUCUACGAGGAUCCCUCGGCCGUGCUGCGUGGCUGGAAGAAGAACCCCAUCGACUUCGACACGCUGUUCAACCGGAGCUCACAGACCUACGCUUGGGGUGCCGAAGAUGUUAUCAGCGUGUUCUCCCACCUGUCCAACGGCGGGAAAAUGCAUUUCCGCUCCUACGACCACGAACUGGACUUUUCGCCGGGCUACGAUGCCUAUGAGCAGGACGAGUGGGUGUUCAAGCGGGUGAGGUUUCUGCUCCAGCGCAAGAGUGAGGCCCUGCAGCAGGCCAAGAAUGUGGUCUUCUUCCUGCACCUCCUGGGACUGGACACGGCUGGGCAUGUCCACAAGCCGGGGGCGCCCAAGUUUCGCCAGACUGUGGACAAGACGGAAAAGGGAGUCUACAAUAUCUACCAGGAGUUCGAGCGAGUGUUUCCCGAUAAGCGGACUGCCUACUUGAUGACCGCUGAUCACGGAAUGACUGACUCGGGAGCUCACGGCGCUGGUUCCCCCCAUGAAACGGACACGCCCUUUGUUCUCUGGGGCGCCGGAGUUGCCCGCUCGGCUCCCAAUCCUGGAGGCAAGACCUUUAUGCCCGACAAUGAAGGUCCUGCAAUGCCGUUGCACGAACUGGAGCAAGCGCAGCUCACACCGCUGAUGUCCGCCCUGGUUGGUCUCCCGCCGCCAAUGAAUAACUUUGGAACGUUGCCCGUGGGCUACAUGAAUGUCAGCAAGGAGUACGAGGCCGUGGCAGCCCACUUAAACGCCCUUCAGCUUUUGGAGCAGUAUGCUGUACUGCAGGAGCAGCACAAGAAAGGUUUUUUCGCGGAUUUCCUAUCCGAUUUUGAUGUUCUCCCAUCGAGUGCGGUGAAGAACUACGAAGAAGGAAUCUUAAAGCUGCACAAGAACAGAGAGUAUUCGCAUUCCUUGGCCAAGAGUCAAGUUAUUAUGUCGCAAGCUCUAGAAGGAAUCGAUUAUUAUCAUGGAUACUAUCGCAGAGCGCUUUUAAUGAGCACCACUUCUACAUUCCUCGGAUGGAUAUUCUAUCUGUACCGCCUGCUAUCCAGAAACAGGGCUGGCACAGUGGAGCUGAUCCUCGAGAGAAGUACAAAGUGGGUGAGACUUAGCUUGGCAAGCUAUAUGGUCCUGCUGGUCAUCUGCCUGCUUAGCCAACGAACACCGCUAGAUAUCUGCUUUUACCUGCUGCUUCCGAACUUCGUCUGGCUGAAGGCUUUGCAGCCUUGGAACCUCAACUUCUCCUCCUCGCCAUCAUCGGCGUACAGUGUGCCCGCCUUGCAAACCACAAUGGGGCAGCUUGUAUUAAUAAUUGGUUGCGCGGAGCUAAUGGUCUUCACGUUCUUCGAGCGCCGCCUGAUCUCGGUCGGUUUUUUCGCCUUCGCCUGCUAUAAUGGUUGGGGCAGCUUUCAACCGAAGUCCAGAGAUUUCUUCUCCUGGCUGGCCCUGGUCCUGAUCCUGGCUUGCUUUCCCCUGCUGCCGUUGUCAGUGGGCUAUCAGAAUGGAUACCUGCUUUUGGCUGGAGUCAUAACGAUCCUUAUCAACUCACUUUGGAGUACGAGGGCGAGAUUAAGCUACAAGAAUCACACUAAGUACUGCAAUGCUCUGAUCCUGCUGCUCACCAUAGUGUGUGCUUAUCUUCACUCAAUCGGUAGAAAGACUCCCAUUCCCUUGAAGCUGGCUAGCUGGAUGUUCCUGGUGUACGCCUUUGCGUCCAUUGUGCUGAGCAAGGAACCCCGACUGGAGCAGCGUCUGGCCCAGAUUGGCUUUAAUCUGGGGUCCCUUUACGCAACACUAUGCACCUCCUAUGAAGCUGUGUUUGUCCAGUUGCUGGCCAUAGAGCUGGGUAUCUCCCUGAGGGCCCAGAAUGCGCAGGCUGAGAGGUCGGUGCUUCGACUGGCCUUCACACUGCUUCUGUACACUUUCUUCUCGCUUUUCGGAUCCGGCAACAUAGCCUCGAUCAGCUCGUUUGAUCCCAACAUAGCUCGUUGCUACCUCAGCCACUUUGCUCCGUUCGUGAUCAUGGGUCUCGUGCUGCUGAAGCUCCUCGUGCCAGUGGUCCUGAUCAUGUCGGUGGUCUAUGCCCAGAGCGAGUUUGUCCGCCAGCACGAGGAGCAGAUCUUCAUAUGCCUGCUGCUCAUCUGCGAUGUGAUGGGUCUCAACUUCUUGUUCCUGGUGCGCAACCAGGGCUCCUGGCUGGACAUCGGCACGUCCAUCUCACACUUUGUCAUCAUGGAGGUGACCACACUGGUGAUCCUCCUGCUUUUCUAUACCGCGAAACAGCUGCUGCGAGUUAUCCCACCGGAGGAAAUACAAGUCAAGAAACUGCUGCUGCGUUUAGUACAUUGGGAUGCGAUCAGCGCCAAGCACCACUAGCCUUCAAAGCGAU